AUUCAGAGCAUGAAUUUUCCGAUACAGAAAAUGACGUUUUUCUCCCUCCAUACACUCACACUCCACCGCUGCACCAUGGCUAUCAACCGACUUCACAUCCACCUCCACUUCACGGCAGUUCUCCUCCUUCUCUACUACCGGACCACCGCCCUCCACCGCCGCAACCACCACCUCCUCUGGUCUCUCCUCACCCUCGCUGAACUCUUGUUCGCCUUCGUCUGGCUCCUAGCCCAGUCCUUCCGAUGGCGGCCGGUGUCCCGCUCGGUCUCGCCAGAGAAUCUUCCCGGCGAGGCGGAGCUUCCGGGGGUGGACGUGUUCAUCUGCACGGCGGAUCCGGCGAAAGAGCCGACGGUGGAGGUGAUGAACACAGUGUUGUCGUGUCUAGCUCUGGAUUACCCGGCGGAGAAGCUGGCGGUGUAUCUAUCGGACGACGGUGGGUCUCCGGCGACGUAUUUCGGAGUAAAAGAAGCGGGAUGGUUCGCAAAGACAUGGGUUCCGUUCUGUAGUGAAUACGGAAUUAAUUCAAUAUGUCCAGAAGUUUAUUUCUCUUCGUUGGCGGACGAAGACAGGAUUUUUCGAGAUCCGAAAUUCGUAGCUCAGGAAAAAGAAAUUAAGAAAACAUAUGAAGCAAUGAAGAAGGAUUUGGAAAGAUAUGGAAUGGAGAAAGAUAAGAGUGACGUCGUUAAGGAUCGUUCUGCUAGUGUGAAGAUCAUUCUCGACGGAAAAAACGACGGAAAAGGAGGAUGCCGGCUGCCGUUGCGCGUCUAUGUCUCUCGAGAGCGAAGACCGUCGGUUCCUCACCGGUACAAAGCCGGCAACAUCAACAGCCUCGUUCGGGUCUCCGGAUUGAUCAGCAAUAACCCUUAUCUUUUGGUCUUAGACUGUGAUAUGCACUGCAAUGACCCAACAUCAGUUAAGCAAGCAAUGUGCUUCUAUCUCGAUUCUCCCUUUUCCAAAUCUCUGGGAUAUGUCCAGUUCCCCCAAAUUUUCUACAAUCUCAGUAAGAAUGAUAUCUAUGACAACCAAGCUAGACCUGCUUUCAAGACUAAGUGGAUUGGAAUGAAUGGGCUAAGAGGGCCAGUGAUGUCUGGAACUGGAUAUUUCUUGAGGAGGAAAGCGUUAUUUGGGAGUCCUAAUCAGGAAGAGAGGUUCUAUGUGGAGCCACAUAAAGUUUUUGGUCAAUCUCAGAAGUUUAUUGACUCAAUGAAGAUGGACAAGGAAUAUCCAAUGGAUGCGAUGUUGAAUGAAGCUGUAACUUUGGCCUCAUGUUCUUAUGAGGAAAACACUGAAUGGGGCAAAAAGAUUGGGUUCUCAUAUGACUGUUUGCUGGAGAGCACCUUCACUGGGUAUCUGCUGCAAUGUAAAGGAUGGACUUCUGCUUAUCUAUACCCGAAGCGACCGUGCUUCCUUGGUUCCAGCCCUGUCGACAUGAAAGAUGCCAUAAUUCAAAUGCUAAAAUGGAGCUCUGAGUUAUUCCAAGUUGGUUUCUCUAAGUAUAGUCCUCUCAUAUACGGCAUCUCGAGAAUGUCCAUUCUCCAAAGCAUGUCCUACGCCUAUUUUGCAUUCUCUUCUUUGCUUUCAGUUGCUUUUGUCUUGUAUGGGGUAAUUCCUCAGUGGGGCUUCUUGAAAGGCAUCCCCUUGUACCCAAAGACUGUUUCGAAUUUGCAGCUUUCAGAUCCAUGGUUUGCUGUGUUUGUUGCCAUAUUCAUUUCUUCCAUUGUCCAACACCUGAUUGAGGUGUUCUCAAGCGGUGGAAACUUGAAGACAUGGUGGAACGAGCUGAGAAUCUGGAUGGUGAAGUCAGUUUCUGCUUGCUUGUUCGGGGUAGUAGAUGCCAUAAUGAAGAUAACAGGACUGAAGAAGAUGGAGUUGAACCUAACAAACAAGGCAAUAGACAAAGAGAAGCUCAAAAAAUACGAGAAGGGUAUGUUUGAUUUGCAAGGAGCUACAAUACUAAUGGCUCCUCUGUUUGUCAUAGCUCUAUGGAAUAUGAUUUGCUUUGUUGGUGGGAUGAGGAAGGUGGUGAAGAACAGGAAUUUUGAGGAGAUGUUUGGGCAGAUGUUUCUGCUAUCCUUUGCUUUGGUUCUGCAUUACCCUGUUCUUGUAGGGGUAAUGAAAAGGAAAGGAAAAUCUCACCACUGAGCACUCUUGCACCAUCUCUUCAAGUCUUUCUAUGAGACUGUGCUAAUAGAGAGAGAUAUUAUAUAUUGGUAAUAUUAGUAAUGGUAUGGUGUAGUUAGCUAGGGAGUCUUUUAUAAAUAGAGACUUAGGGUGUAGGAAAUGGAGUGAUAUUUUGAGUGAGUCAGCCCCAUAGCUAGGGAGCUGGGGAAUGAAAUAGCAAAUGUUUCGAAUUUCAAUAUAUUUAGUGAUAUAUAAUCUCUGUUGGUGUGUUAA